AUGGCUCUGUUGUUGUUCACCUGUUUGUUCGCUCCGCCGCUACCGUUUCCUCCUCCAGAUCCAGAUCCAGAACCGCCGCCGUUUGCUCUGUCCCUGUUAGAUCUGCUCACGAAGGCUCCUCCUCUUGAGUCCCACGACCCUGACGCUCCAGCUCUCUCCUCCAGCCAUUCCGCCAUCUCGGGUCGUCUCUCCUCUCCACUUUCACUCACUCCGCCUCCGUCUCCCCGUUCCACUCUCGCCAUGACGGUGACUGUUUCAGGUUAUCCUCUGUCGAAGUCGCCGGAGCCAUUGCACCUUUGUUUCGAGAUCCCUCUGUUGCCUGCUCAGUUGCCUUUUGCUCAGAGUUCAUGCCGCUUAGUGGUUACUCAUGUGGAUAGCAGCUUCCAGAUCUACAUGCUUCUCCGUUUGAAGCAUUGUCUCUCCUACUUAAUCUCAGGCUCGCCUCCGUCAGGUAUGGUUCAUGUCACCUUCUGGAACGAGACUAGACUUUGCCUUAGGAUUAGACUCUGGAUUGAUUCUCCUCCUUUACCUCAGUAUGAGGACAUAAAGCUCUCCCUUAGCCUUCGCUUACCUCAGUAUGAGGUUGCUCCAGCUCUCUCCUCCAGCCAUUCCGCCAUCUCGGGUCGUCGAUAA